AUGCGGUCUACAAUCGCGCUCUCUCUUAUUCUCGCGCUAGGAGUCCAUUCACGCGCUCUAGGCUGGCACGCGCGAGCCAUUACCGAGCGAGACUUAGCGAGUAACGCGACUUACGACUUUGUGAUUGCUGGAGGCGGGACUGCUGGUUUGACAGUCGCUGAUCGAUUGAGCGAGACUCUCAAUGUCUCUGUCCUGGUCAUUGAAUUCGGCCCCUUCGAUCAGAGGGAAGAUGAGGUCAUGAUACCGGGGCUCUUCCCCGCCAUACCCUACUUCUGGCUGCCCCUGAUGAGCACGCCUCAAACGGCACUCGGCGGCACAUCGUACACUGUUCCAUGCGGGAGGGUAGUCGGAGGCGGAUCGAUGGUCAACGCUAUGUUUAUGAGUCGCGGUAGCGCUGUGGAGUAUGAUACUUGGGCUCAGCUUGGGGCUACUGGGUGGACGUGGAGAGAUCUGCUUCCUUACUUCAGAAAGAGCGAGACCUUCAACCGCCCAGACCCCAUCUACGCUGCCGAGCACAACAUCACGUGGGAUGACUCCGUACACGGUUUUCAAGGCCCCGUACCAGUGACCAUUGCACCAUACGACUACCCAGGGAGCGCGAACUUUUACAAUGGAGCCCGCAGUCUCGGUAUCCGAGCACCCAAGGAUUCCCAAGCCGGCGAUGCUACAGGUAUAUACCGCUUGCAGCGUGCUGUUGAUGCAAAGACGCAGGCCCGCUCUUCCGCACGCGUGAACCACUAUGAUCGGGUCAUUGACACCAGGCCGAACUACCAUGUGCUCCCAAGCACUGCAGUAAGUAAGGUAGUCUUCCAAGGCACUUCUGCUGUUGGAGUCGAAUACAUCAACACCGCUAGUGGAGUUAAGGGCACCGUCCAUGCCAGCAAAGAAGCCAUAAUCGCUGCUGGAGCUGUCCAUACUCCGCAGAUCCUCCAGCUGUCCGGCGUAGGCGAUGCCUCCUAUCUGAGCAAGUUCGGGAUUGAGUCUGUCGCCGACCUUCCAGGCGUUGGUCAGAAUCUGCAGGACCAUCUCGUUCUCUCAGUGGGCUACAACUUCACGUCCAAUCUCUUCCCCAACGGCGGCUCCCUGCGCACCAACUCUACCUAUGCAGCCGAGCAGCGCGCCCUCUACAACGCCCAGCAGCCCAGCGCCUACGACCUAUCAACAUCUACCGGCAACCUCUUCAUCCAGCUCCCACUUUCAAAUCUGACCAACGCCUCCGCAUCCAUCAUCUCCCUCGCAGAAACGCGAGACCCCGCUGAGCUGCUCGGCGGGAAUCCAGAUCCAGGCGUACUCCAAGGCUACAAGAAGCAGCGCAAGCUCAUCAUCUCGUCCCUCAACGCAAGCGGCGUAGGCGACAUAUCCUGGAACACAGACUUCGCAACCAGCCUCUACAUGGUCAAGCCGCUCAGCCGGGGCUCCGUGAGGAUCAACUCGACAGACGUUCUCACAGCCCCAUUGAUCGAUUUCGGCGCUAUUACCGACCCGACGGAUCUCGAGAUGCUGCUCGCCGUAUAUCUUAAGAACCGCGAGCUUAUGGCCACGCCUGAUAUCGCCAUUCUCAGCCCCGUUGAGACAUCUCCAGCGCCAGGCCUAACCGACAAGGACGCGAUCAAAGACGCGAUCAAGAAGACUCUCACGCCGACUAACGCCCAUCACUGCUGCACCGCCGCAAUGAUGAAGAGAGAGGACGGCGGCGUAGUGGAUCCGCAAAGUAGGGUGUAUGGCACGAAGCGCUUGAGCGUGGUGGAUAUCAGCGCUUGGCCGCUUAUUGUGGCGGGUGGACCGAUGGGCAGUGUUUACGCCGCGGCUGAGAAGGCUGCGGAUACGAUUAAGGCACGGCAUGGACUGCUUUAA